AGCAGGGGGUUGAAACCAGAUGAUCUUUGAGGUCCUGUUCAACCCAGGCCAUUCUAGGAUUCUAUGAUUCUCAGUUUUUGUAAAUAAUGAACUAGUUCACGUGCAUAGAAUGUUCUCUCCGCAGCUCCAAACGUGCUUGAAAUUGAAGGCAAUUAUGUAUUGCAUUAGUUCUGUGCGUAGGAAUUAUUUCUUUUAAAGCUUUUCUGACACUGUCAUGCCUAUAGCCUGAGUUGAAUGGGUUUUCAGAGAAUGACCGAAUGGUUUGGGUUGGAAGGGACCUUUCAGAUCACCCAGUUCCAACCCCCCUGCUAUAGCAGGGAUACCUCCCUCUAGACCAGGCUGCUCACAGCCCCAUUUCCCUGAUUUCUUUUGGAAAUAACAAGGGAGCAGCCCUUGGCUCCCUAGAAUUGGCAAGAAGUUUAUCCACACCUUGUUUUAAAUACAUUAGGGCAAAUUUAAGAAUCAUGCAAGUACAUGAAUCCUGACACAGGGCACAUGGGAUAUAGAUCUAUGUUCAACUCGGUGUUAGUAGCAUUCUUAAAAUGAGAAAUAUCUACAAAGGCAAGUGCAUCACGAUCACUAAAUACCCUGGUUUUGAACGCUGUGAUCCCAGUGACUGCUGAGAGGUGACCUGCAGCCACAGUGGGUCACUGGGGCAGAGAUGAAGUUAGGAAUGGCACACAGGAGAUGUUCAGUGCUCCCCAGACUGGAUUCCUGAGGAUGAUCCGGAGAGGGCAGGACAGGAGGUCACACCUGGACAACGCUUCCAGAAGACGUGCGGGCGUCAGAGUAGCAUGGCACGAGUCAAUCACUGGGAGGAAAUGGACGAGAGUGCUUCAGGUCCUGUGCCUGCUGUGCCACAAGGUUGCAGUAGUGAGAGAGGAUAAGCUGGAAGCAAUGAAGUCUAAACUGGCCACGGUUACCAGCGUGCACGUCUACAGCAUUCAGAAAGCCUUGCUCAAAGACAGCGGGCCCCUCUACAACACGGACUACGACAUCAUCAAAACCAACCUGCACGACUGCAGCAAGUUCAGCGCCAUUCGCUGCGCUGAUGCGGUCCCCAGGACUCCAGCUGAGGUUGCUCAAGCGCGGGCGUUGGCGCGGGCCGGCUCCCAGGCACCGAGUGACAACACCAGCGCUGCCAACGCGCCGGCGCUCAACGGCCACGGUCCUUCGGCCCCUAAGCAGAGCUCACAGCAACCCAAGGGGAUCAUGGGGAUGUUUGCAGCCAAAGCCGCUUCCAAAGCUCAGGAUGCAAGUAAAGAACCCAAAGCGAAGGAGGCCCCGAGCGUGUCUGCAGCAAGCAGCAAGCCAUCAGCAAAGGGCAACAUCAUGAACAACUUCUUUGGAAAAGCUGCCAUGAAUAAACUCAAAGUCAACUCAGUGCCUGAGCAGCCAAAGGAGGAAAAAGAAGUCGCCAAGACUUCAGUUCCUGUAGCGCAACCAGAGUCAUCCCCUAAUACCAUAGUAGAGAAACCCGGGAGGAAAACAGAGCCUGCUAAAAUUCAAGCAAAGGACAAAAAGAGUAAAAUGAAGAGGGUGGAUAAGUCUGAUAACGAGGAGGAAAGAGAGCCCGAAAAUCAAAAGAAGAAGAGGAAACGAAUUAAACAACUGGAGUCUGACAGCAGUGACGAGGAAGAUGUCCUGGCAUCUCCCACGCUCGAGGAGGAGAAAGCUCCAUCUCCACCAGCUCCGGUACCUGCUCUGAAGGCUGAGCUGGAGCCUCCAUCCACUGAGGCUUCAGCUGGGGGAAAGAAGAGGAAACGGAAGCGCGUGCUGAAAUCCAAAAUGUUUGUUGAUGAAGAGGAAGGCUGCAUGGUGACUGAGAAGGUUUACGAGAGCGAAUCCUGCACGGACAGCGAGGAUGACUUCGCCAAGGCCAAGCCACCAGCUGCACCCAAGCAGCCUGCGCUGCCCGUGAAGAAAGAACCAAAGGAAGAGAGGAAGAACCAGAAGAAAGGGGCAGCCACCGCCAGCAGAGCCAACAAACAGGUCUCCAUCAUGGGCUUCUUUCAGAAGAAAUGAGCUGACUCUUUUUUUCCCCCCCCCGCUCCCUUUGGCAGCUUGGGAGUGUUGCUCUCUUUGCGUGGCUCUCUGAAAGCUGCUGCACGGGAGGAGGACAACACGCAAUCUUCCGUUACGUAAGAUAUCUUGCUUACUGUGUAAGUAAGCCCUCUGGACUACAUUUUGUAUUGGGAAGAAGUUUUAUCUGUUCCUGCCAUAACUUCAGGCUUCAGUUAUUAAGCUGCGUGAAAAUCACCACCUAGAUGCGACAUCUGGAAUGAACUCUUGAAAGACUGUUAGAUUAAAUAGAUUAUUUACGUGACAUUUUAUUUUUUUUUUAAGAUGGCCUCUUACCAGCUCGGUGUUGAAGGCCCUUUCCACAAGUGGUAGGUAGACUCCAGUGGGAGUCAAGUUCUGGCUUCAUCUUCUUUCCCUUCCCUCCCCCCCCACCCCGUUUUUACACCCCCCAGCUCUCCACAUUGAUCCAAAAGUUCACGUUGGUGAGGAGCUGCAGUGUAGCAGGUCUUCAGGCACACACACACACACAGAUAUUGAACAUCUGCUUCAGCUUGAACUGAAUGAAACAAACUGAAUUUUCCCCCUGAGACUGGUAAAUAGUUUUUGCUCUGCCUUUCGUAACCUUCUUUUUGGACAAAGCGGUGCAUAUAAAAUUCCCUUACUCUUUUCUUCCUUGAACAUAUCCUCUGUAAAUUGCUCAGAUGCCUAAUUAUAGAGCAGGACGCUGUUGGUGCUCUGUCUCUGCAGAAAACAUCUCGAAGGCUUCCCACACAAUUGGCUCUGGUGGAACUGGGGGAAGGCUUCGCUGUUAUUGGGAAAGCAGCGGUAUCUGUAACCUUGAGAGUUAACGAGUCAAAGGGGAGAGGGUGUUCAGAGGGCUCUCCUGGUAGGCCAGGGUCAGGUGUCCUUGUCUGUGAGGAGCUGCACGCAGCUUUGUGUUUUUGUUGGGCCUGGUUUGCUGCUGAAGUGUUUUACAGGCACAAACCAGACACCAUGGAGUUGUUUUCGAGGACAUCUCGUCAGCUGCCUCUGAAGGAAGUGUUGCAGCAAAUGGUUCUGAGAAACCAGUUACUGGAGGUGAAUAAAGCACUGCAGGCCCGCUGAUCAGAAAUAGCUCCUCAAUUUGGAUGCCUUCUGUCUUUUGGUGGUAAAAAUUUGUAUCGUAAAAGAGGUUUUUCCAGGGGAUGGGUGCUCAGCAUUUGUGAAACUCGGCCUGGUGAAGACUCAGGUGGGCAGCUGAUGUGGUCAGUGGUUGUUUCUGGGUGUUGCUGGGCCAAUGUGUGUAUUGCCACGUGCAUACAUGUUGGUAUACAGAGCGUUUGUGGUGGCACAAAGGUGUGGAGAGUGUAAACCAAGGGGGAGAUGCCUUUAGGCACACAGCUGAAAGUGUUCUGAUCUCUGGAUAGCAAGGGGACCAACUAAUUGAUUGCGCUGAUUGUAUCGUUCUGGCUAAGAGAUCAAGCUGGCGUCUCACAAAAUGGGAAUGCACACCUAAUAGUGAUCAGCUGUUGGUUCAGUUCCAGUUUCAUGACCCUAAGCAGCUUGCACCCUCAGCAAAUGGGAAAGGAUCUCCUUAAACAGCCACUGUGCUCAUGGCUGAUCCCAGCUGGAUGGGUUUGGCUGCUCGACGGAUGGAUCACUACAAGCAGGGGAUUGAGGGUAACCUCACGCUCCAGCAUCCUCCCCAUGCAGCUCUGGACUUUCUGAACUGGAAUCUUGUGGCAAAAAUAAGGGUAGGAGGCAGGAGGGCAGGCAUGGGAUGCUUUCAAGGUGUGUUUUUUGUGAUGUGUGCAGCAGAGAUCCACGGGGAGAAGUAAUGAAGGACCUUGUUGGGUAUGGAGGCCACCACUUGGUGCGUUGGUUUUCUUGGUGGAAUCGGGGGUAUAUUUUGAAACGUAAUAAGUAACAAAACAUGAAGAGCAGAUUUUUCUUGUCUUUUUUUAAUUCAUUAAAAGACGUGCUCCGUC